UGCUUGAGGCAACAACCUGAGAUAAGGAGAGGGGAAGAGGAUAAUAACUUGUCUCUUACGGCUUGCCAUAUCAGCGCUACGUCAAUUAAUUUAAUUUAAUUUAUCAUUAAUGUUGAUUUAACGUCUUAAAACGGUCAGAAACCGGGCGUUUCUCGAUUAACGUCCCGCAGGCGUUUACGUUAACGGAUAAUUAAGGAGAAGUGUAUUUACUCCAUCCCCUGAUGGGCUUUUUCUUUUUGUUUCCCCGUUAGUUUCUCGAAAUUAAUCAAUAGCCCCCCCCCCCUCCCCCGUAUUCUUCCAAAAGUCUUGCAUCGUCCGCCGGGUGGUCUCGUAUAUGAACCGUGUCGAGGCAGCGACGAGGGGUCGGGGGCUCCGGGCUUCAGGAUGAGGAUGCCCAGAGGAGGACGCCUGUUCCUGGCGACGUGCCUCGGCUCACUCUUCGUCCUGGUGCUUUACUUCCAGAGCAUCACCAAGCCAGAACCUGGUGUGAAGACCGGCAGCAGACCAGGGAAGAUCAGGAGAAGUCCACUGCAGGCCCUCUACAAUGGAGACCAGCAGCUGGACCUGUUGGCAGCUCAGAGGUCCCUGCAGGGCCGCAGGGAGCUUCUGGAGCAGGCGUGUCUGAGCCACACCAGGAAGCGACAGGUGCUAUCGUCUGAGGAUCUCAAACACCUCAUUGUGGAUGAUCAGCACAGUCUUAUUUACUGCUACGUACCAAAGGUGGCGUGCACCAACUGGAAGCGUGUCCUUAUGGUCCUGACCAGUGACGGCCGCUACACAGACCCUCUCUCCAUCCCUGCGAAUGAGGCUCACGUGCCAGGUAACCUCCGCACACUCUCUGAGUUCUCGGUCCCUGAGAUUAACAAACGCCUUCGCAGCUACCUCAAGUUCAUCUUUGUGCGGGAACCCUUCGAGCGCCUGGUGUCCGCCUACAGAAACAAGUUCACCCGCAGCUACAACACUGCUUUCCACAAACGCUACGGAACCAAGAUCAUUCGACGGCACCGGCCCGACCCGGAGCCCGAGGCGCUGGAGAAAGGGGACGACGUUUCUUUCCGAGAGUUCGUGCAGUACCUGGUUGAUCCACGGACGCAACGAGAGGAACCUUUUAACGAGCACUGGGAGCGGGUGCACUCCCUCUGCCACCCGUGUCUGAUCCACUACGAUGUGGUGGGGAAGUAUGAGACCCUGGAGCCGGAUUCUCAGGCUGUGCUCAGGUUGGCUGGAGUGGAGGGGAUUCUUCAGUUUCCAACAUCUGGUAAGAGCACCAGGACUGAUGGAAACAUGGCAGCACGCUUCUUUAAGCACAUCAGUCCUUUCUACCAGAGGAAACUGUUCAACACGUAUAAAAUGGACUUCCUGCUCUUUAACUACUCCACACCGGAGUACCUCAGGACUCGAUGAGGGGCAGGGGAAAGAAAUCAGACUUCAGUGCCAUAGAUGGACUGGUUGUGACAGUUUCACAACCCCGUCAGACUCUUGUUGUAUUUUGCACUUUUUGGUUGCCAUGGACAACUAUCACCCCUGCCGAGAACGAUCCCGUCACCAGCACCUUUCAAUCACUCUCCAACUUAACUGACUGUUGAGGAUGACUUGAUUUCGGUGAAUGGAAGAAAACCAGAUCUGGGUGGAACAGUCAGUUUGUGCUGUAUCCCACCAUGAGUCUGUCUUAUGUGUCCGUUUUCCAGGAGGGAAAUGGUUUUGACGUUUAGAGUGAAAUGCUGCAGGUUGUCCCUUUUUUAAAUGUGUUUUUCCUUUCUCUCGAGUUUUAGCUGCAGUUAGAAUUUUUAUUCACCUUAAUACCAGUAAGUUUCUUUGUCCAAUCAAGGAAGCUUUUUUUGACUUUUUCUUGUUGGUUCCACGUGGCUGUUCAGUCGCUGUAAUAUGCCCUGCCAGCAUCCUGCAGUGCCCAUUACAGUCAACGUAUCGCCUUGCUUUGCUUUUUCUGAGAACUAAUGAGCCAUAAACCAAAGGCACACUUCAGAGGAGCAGGUACUCCUCAUGCCUUCGUAUGCAGGUGAAUGUGCUGACACAGCAGACUCAUUUUAAAGUGCCUAGAGAACAAAGACUCUGGAUUGAAUUUAUUUAUGUACGUCAGUUUAAGUAUUUAUUGUUUUGGAAGAGUGUGAUUGUAAAGAUAAGGGCUUACAAUUUAGUGAGAAUGAUUUUUUUAUGGAAAGAAAAGGGGUGAGUGUCCUCAUCGUCUCAUAGGACGUUACUUUCUGUUUUUACUUUGGCACACACACUCAUACACCCACGCGCUCACACACACACACACACACACACACACACACACACACCAAAUAGAAAUCUUAAAAAAACAUGUUUUAUGUCCACAAGUUGGAUCCUGUCAUAUCUUUCUUUUUCGACAACUACCACGUAACUUCCAGGGAAACUUUCAGUCACUUCUUCAUUCCAGUAAAGCGUGUUGCCACCCCUCCUCUAUCGCUGUCUGUAUUUAGCUGUGGGCAGGUAGGCUGAACAAACAACCACAUAGCUGUGGUCAGGGCUGGGUCCGGCCCAGAACUACCCCGGCUCAGAGCUCCCCUUGUUGGAAUGAAUGAAGGAUACAUGAGGGGUUAAUCCACCUACACUCAUCUCCACUGCGGGGCCUUGUUCUGCGAAUUUUGUGAGACUUUAUGGUAAAUAAUUCGGAGGUUAGCGUAGGAAAAUUCUUAUUAAUGUCCCAAAACUGCCAAAAGAUCAGAUUUAACAAGCGUUUGCAUACAGUUCAGAGGCUGAUUAAAGGGGACCACCACCAUUUUAUCCAGAUCUAAAUGUGUUUUCAGAUGAUUGGAUGUCUUACUUCAGACACCAAAAAGGUUCUGCUAAGUUUUUGGAAAGUCUUUAUGGUAUUUUUAAAACCAAAAUAUGUUGAUCAAUCAUCCUAAAUUUCAUUUUGCAGCCAAUGAAACACAUUUUUUAUUUCCCUCCUCAGAGAUGCAGAGGAACUACGAGCCUACUCUUUCAUUUUAAACUUUCUAUCGUUGAGUUUAGUGUUAUAAAAGUUAUAUGCUAAAUUAGUGGAGUACUACUUUCUAAAAACAAAGGGGAGAAAAAUCUUUAAAAUACUUAUUUACUCUUUAAGGGCUUUUUCACACUCGGCGAUCCGUACGGUUCCCAAGCACGUUUGACCCCCAAAGUCCAGUUUAUGUGACCGGUUUGAGUGCUCUGUACAGUUCACUUCCAUGACCCUGACACGGUUGUAAGAUGUGAGGUUCAGCACGGUACAGUUGCUCGAGCACGGGUACGCAGCACGGACAUGAUGUAACGUUACAUACUGUAAGUGAAAAUAGCUGCCUUGCCUAAUUCAGAAGUCCAGGAGUGGUAGAGACCAAAACAACUGAAAAUAAGCCACAGCGUCAGUGACGUUAGCGUCAUGUUCUCUGUGUUGUUCUCCAAAGUGCAGACUCUGAGACUGGGCUUCUUGUAAACAAAGUGUCCUAUUACGUCUUGAUGACGUAUAGAGGUAACCGUGCUCCUGGCCUGGAGCAAUGUGAUCGCAGGCCAGGGGGGGAAAUGAGGAAGGGGGGGGACAAUAAUUAUUUGGCUCGGUACAGGGCUAAUAGGCCUAUGUUGAGUGUGCCAUAAGUGAUAACCUACACUCCCUAUUAAAACAGUUUACUUUUUUCCCCACAUUUGACAGUCUCCUCCCUCGUGCAAAACAUCUUUGUGUUAAACAGUCAAACUGAUCUGGAAAAUCUAGUUGCCGCUAUCUUUGAGAAUAUCAAAAGUCAACAUUGUCUUUAUUAGAGACAUGUCAGGAUAUUAGUUUCUGUUCUCAGUUCUUGCAGAGUGCAUGUUAAGACACGUUGGCUCUGAACUUGCAGGAAAACUGUGUUUAAUUUCAUGUCUUUAACUUCCAGAUGUCUUUUGUGAAUUAUUUCAUCUUGCUGAAAAAUAUUGUCUGACAUGUCGAGACGAGCCAACUCUGGAAAACUCUGCUUUGAAAAAGUGCAAUAUGAAUGUGUGAGGAUCUGUAAUGUGUUAAAAGCUGUAUCUUUAUAAGUGACUUCCUCUGCUACACAAGCCUGAUAUAUGUGUGCCAUCUUGCUUAUGCCACAUUUUCAUUUCUGUUCGGCUCUGAUUGCAGCCACGGAUUACAGGGUUUCAGUUUAAUGCUCCCCUGUGUAGCAGUCUGUGAUCUAAACCAUUAUUAGCAAGGAGACGGGAGUUGCUAAACCCAAUCACACCCUUCAUGUUAUUUAUCCUUACUGGCUCGAUGACAUGCUGCACAAAGUACACGUUUAUACCUUUUCAUUUCCUUUUUUUUCCCCCCUGAAAAAUACAGGAUACAAACGACAAGUAGCUUGUUCUUUCAAAGGGAUGACACAUGCUGUACAUCCAUCUCACACACCCCGACGCUGCUGUGCACGACCUCAGCUAGUCAGACGUUUCUGUAGAAAUGUUACCCUGUUACCCGGUGAGUCAUUGUGAAAAAGUGAACACAGCACAAUCUGACACAAUCUCUCAUGCUCCAGUUUAUCUGUGCCACGAAGAAGCUGUGAAUGUGAUAACUGAAAACUGAAGUGCACUUGCUGAUGUGAUGAUUGAUGUGUUGGUAAUCUUGAAGUUUCACCAAAUACAUUUCCUUUAAAAGCA